AAGAAAAAAAAAUGGCUGUAACAGUCAAACAUAAAUAAUUUUUAGUUAAUAACUUAGUUCUAUUAUUUAUAUAUAUUUAAAUAAAUUAUUAUGGUGCGAUUGAAGAAUAUAUCAAUUGGUUUUUGGUUCGACAUAUUAUUAAGAAUUUUUCUAGCAUUGUUAUUUGUGAAGUUGGAAAAAACCGAGCCAUUUACCAGAAAAAUUGAUAAUGAUGAAUUAUGGUUGUACAAAUAUCCAAGAACAGAAUCAUAUGUUCCAACAUCAAUUCUUUGGCCACUUGUAUUUUUAACUCCAAUUUUAGUUAUAUCACUUGUUUUUAUUAAAAACAAAAACACAAAUGAUUUUAGUCAAGCUAUGAUGUCAGUCACUUUGGCCCUAGGUCUCAAUGGAACAAUUACAAAUAUUAUUAAAAUUAUUGUUGGGAGACCAAGGCCAGAUUUUUAUUGGCGAUGUUUUCCAGAUGGAUUAGAAAAUAGUGAUUUUACUUGUACUGGAAAUUCUGAUUUAAUUAGAGAUGGAAAAAAAUCAUUUCCAAGUGGACAUUCAUCAUUUGCAUUUGCUAGUUUUGGAUUUAUAACACUUUAUUUAGCUGGUAAAUUACAGACAUUUGGAAUAAAAGGAAAAGGAAAUUCGUGGAAAUUAUGUUUAUUUAUAAUACCAUUAAUAAUUGCACUUGGUAUUGCUUUAAGUCGUACGUGUGAUUAUCAUCACCACUGGCAAGAUGUUGCAGUUGGUUCAUUUAUUGGUUUUACUUUAUCAUACAUUUGUUAUCGGCAUUAUUAUCCACCUCUAGUUUCACAAAUGUCAUACAAACCCUACUCAUCGUUAUUUAAAAAAGAUGAAAUUGAAUCUACAAAAGAGCAAAUUAAUGGAUUUAAUUUGUAUCGAAAUUAUUAAGAAAAGAAAAUAUUUAUCAUCAUCAUCAUCACGACCAAUCACUCAAAAUAAUUAAUAUUUUUAAUUAAUAUUUUUUUUUCUUGUAAAUAAUAAUAUUUUUAUUAUGUUUUAUAUAUUAUUAGAUAAAUUAUUUAUCCAAAGUGAUAUACAUCCAAUUUAAAAAAAAAAAACAAUAAUGAAAAUUAUUAUUAAUUUUGUUUUUUUAAAUGUAUUAUUGUUAUUAAAGUACUUAAAUAAAACAAAAAAA